AUGAGCGGCGACCUCGUCGCGGAGCGCUCGCGGCGGCUCGUCGCGACCGUGACCGGCGGCGGCGAGCGGUCGUACGCGUCCUCGAGCGAUGGCGUCCCGUCCUCGCGCGCGCAUCGCGCGCUUCUCGAGCGACGCGCCGCGGGAGGGAGCCCGCUCGGACCGACGCGCCGGCGACGACGCGGAGGAGGGACGUCGUGGCGCGCGCGCGCGAACCGACGGUGGAUCGCCGCGGGCGUCGCGCUCCUGUGCGCCGGGUACCUGCUGAAGAUGAGCCUGGGAUACACGCUCGUGACCUCGGCGGACGCGACGCCGCGGGGUGGGGCGCGGGGGCGCGCGGGCGACGACGACGCGCGCGCGCGUCCCGACGCGCGCGACGUCGGCGUCGGUACCGGAUCGAGCGCGGGGACGACGCCGCGGCCGCCGCCGCCGCGCGACGGCGGGCGCGCGCACGAGGGCGAGCGCGUGGACGACCGCGAGGCGAACUUGAGGAAGAUCGAGGAGCAGAUCACGAGGAGCGCGGAGGCGCUCGCGUCGCUGCGGAGCAAGCUGGACGGCCUGCCACUACCGAACGACGCGGACGAGAAGGAGGAGGACGCGGCGAAUUGGUGGCUUCGUGUCAAGGGGCGAGAAGGGCGAAUCCGCCUCCCGACCGACGCCGCGACUCGCGACGAGCUCGACGAGCGCGGCGGUGACUGGCCGACGGAAGCGACGAAAGCGACGGAAGCGACGGAAGCGACGACGACGGCGGCGAACGCGAAUGCGAACGCGAACGCGAAAGUGAUUAACGCGCGCGAAAAGUUCGACGCCGUCGACCCGUGGCUCACGAUCGGCAUCCCGACCGCGCCGAGGGCGAACGACGUCGAUUACCUCACCGCGACGAUCGACGCUCUGAUCGCGGAGCUCCCGGACGACGACGACUCCGCGCACUUCGGGAAGACGCGCGUCGUCGUGAUGAACGCCGCGGGCGCCGGGACGGGAAAUUCGCACCGCGCGUUUGAAAAAGUCCGAGACGCCGUCGUCGCGCUCGCGUCGAGGGCGACGGAGUCCGCGCCGCCGCCCGGCGCGCGCGCGGCGCUUCACGCGACGUUCUUCGACGCCCCGCUCGACGCGCACCCGGACCCGACGCCGGACGCGCGGGACCCGGACGAUCUGCACAACCCGACGAGCACGCCGGGACGCGCGGUUCGGAAGCAGACGUCCGACGUGGUGUCCCUGCUCGACGCCGUCGUCGGCGGCGGCGGCGGCGGCGGCGGCGACGACGACGCGUCGGUGCCUCCGCUCGUCCCGCCGUCGCCGCUGUUCAUGUUCAUGGAGGAUGACUUCAGGACGUGCGAGGGCGCGCUCAAAGGGCUGCGGUACCUCGUCCAGAAGACGCGGACGGUGUACCCGGAGUGGCUCGGUCUGCGGACGUCCUACGGCUUGAACGGCGUCGUCGUCCGCUCGGAGGAUCUUCCGGGGUUCCGCGACUACCUUCUGAGGCACCAGGCGCGGCUGCCCCCGGAUCUGCUGUGGACGGAGUGGGUCGAGGGCACGCGCGCGGACGUCCGCGAGCGCACGAACGCGCGGAAGCUGAUCGUGUAUCGGUAUAACUUGUUCGAGCACCUCGGCGCCGUGAGCACCUUUUCGAUUCGACCGCGGCGGCCGAGCUGGCCCGGGUGUUACGCGCCGAUGUCGUCCGCGUGGUCGCUGACGGCGGUGGAGAAGUUCGACGAGCGGCGGUGCGCGAAGAUAGGGGAUCUGUUUCCGUGCACGGGGGACGUGGACAUGGGGAAGUGGACGGGGAAGACGCCGAAGCUGCCGUGGGUGAAAGUCGGGUCGACGGCGGCGUUGAAUUACUGA